GCGAAUGAGGCUGGAACUCUUGUACAGCAGACCCUGAGAAAUAAAUGGAUACUAGAGCUUUGACGGUGUAGGACAACACAAUCCAAGAGAAAAGAUGAGGACAUUCAUAGCCUUUGUACCACAUGAGACAGAUGGGAUGAAGGAGAAAGAGAAUAAAUAAAGAACCUGUCAUUUUCAGAGGGUUUGAAGACAUGAUAUAUAAGAAGAGCAUUAGGAGGACAUGUAGAAGGAGCAAUGAAAAGGAGAACAGAGGAAAAAGAUAGAGAGAAAAAUUCUGUUUUUACAGAGGAUUGUGGACACAAGACACGUCUGGACACCACAGGAGAUCACACUGUGCUUAGAGGAUACAACCGUUGACACACCGUGAGACUCAGUGGACACUGCAAUAUAUAAAAUCACAGCAAGAAGGAACAUCAGACUGAGAAGGACGAAUCAAGUUCCUCUGCUAUGGUAAAUACCAAAUAAUUCUUCUGAAUGUCUCAACAAAACUGUGCCACAGACACAGAGUCUGUCUUGCUGUCUAUGCUGGAGAGGCUGAAGAUCAACUCCUCAGAAGUUAAGCGAUGCCAGCAAACACCUUCAGAGAGCCAGAAUGAUGGGGUAUCUGGCCUUGUUGUGACACUGGGUCAAAAUAACAGAGUGGAGCAAUGUGUAUCUAGCACUGAUGGUGCUACAGAACAUGAGGAUCACACCAAGCAAUGGGUUUGUAGCGUUGGUUCAGAUAGGCAUUCUGAUGUUGAUAAUCAGGUUUCAGCAUGGGGUCCUACAGGUUCCACUUCAAAUGGUUUCAGAGCUUCUACACCUGUUAAUGGUGGCCUAGGCUCUCCUAACACUGAUUCCAGAUGGAGAAGGAAGCAGCUGCUACCAACUACAGGUGCUGUGGACACACUCUCUGUCUCUCCCAGACAGGAACCUGAAAAAAACCUGACUUUGGCAUGCAAGAAUGUACCCACUCUGGACACAGCAGGUAAAUACCCAAACAAUGACAUGAAAUCUUUCUGCACCGAGCUUGGAGGCCACCGGGACAUUAUGGACCCCAUGCCUAUUGUCCCGGCAGACAUUGGUGAAGUGAAACCACACAGCGAGUUAAAUUUUGCUGCAUUUUGUGACACUGCCAAGGGGGAGAACGGCAGCUUGGUUCCACAUUUGAAACUUUACCACUGGAGAGCUGCAGGAACUCCUACCAGGACAGAGCACAUGGGACAAAUGGGACGAGAUGAUCUAAUUCCUACACGAGGCUUGACACAUGGACUUGGCUUCCAGGAGAUUAAUAUUUUAAAACAUCAUAAUGUCAACAGCUCCACCCUAGCCAAAAUUCCAGAGGGUAACAUUUCUACCGCUGAAGUUUCCUUCAUGGUGCCAGGUGAAAUGUCAAUCUCUUCACAGCACCCAGAUAGAAGAGAAUGCCUUACAUAUGAUGCCUCACCUUUCAAAUUUCUGAGUAAUUACACAGCUUCACAUGGCAACUUAUUACAAAACAAUGUGGCCUCUUCUUCUGGACCAUGCAACGAUCUCAGUCAAGGCUGGUUAGGUGGGAAUGUUAGCUUUGGAAGCACGACUGAAAUUCCGGAGCAAGCAGCUGGGAUGAACAAGCACGUUUCACUCCUUAGAGAAGCAGAGAAUACGCCACCAAGAGCUGCCAAGAAGAAGAGGAAUUGGAUCGACAAGAAAACAAAGCACUGGAGCCAGAGAAUAAGAGAGAGGUGGCGAUCAAAACAAGACAGUAUGAAGAAAGGAGAAAGGGGUGGUGUUGGAGCCAUGGGCUAUGGUGUGAGAGAGACACAGGAAGGCAAAGAAGCAGUGGAGAAGACAAAAGCACAGGAUGCAGACCAACAGCAAGUUACAGAGGUCCUGGUAAAAAACACUCCUGGUGAGGAAGAGGAUACAUCUUGCCAGUCACAGUUGGGGAGGUACCCUGGGAGACAUGUGAGGACGUUCAGUGACUUUCAAUUCAACUUAAGCCCCAUAAACUUGGUGGAGGAAAUUCUCACUGGAGAGGAGUGGUCACACUUCUUGUCGCAGAAAGAAGGUCCCAUGCCCACUGGGACUUCACAGUUAUCAAAAAUAGACAGGGGGAUCUGGGUUCAGAAAGAGUGGACCAAUGGUGGACGACAGGAGGCAGGAUGCCAAAGCAUCCCAUCGGAGGCAAGAGUUCACAUGGAAGAGGAAAACAGCAGCGAUGCUGGGGAGAGUGGCUGUCAAAGUUAUGUAUUCUGUGAUCCAAAGACCCGUGGGUUCAGAAGCGCAAUGCCUCUUGUGAUGGACACAGUGCCAACAGUGGAACCAGAAAAAGAAGUGGACUUCUCUUUCUUAAAGCCGGUAGAUGUUCUGGACAACUCUGGUCUUUUGAGCCGGAUCCGUGUGAGUCGCAAGAGGGAGCGCCGCAUGCCAGCACGAAGCAUCUGGGACCAGAGGAAGCGGGAGCUGGAAGAGCUUCUGGAAGGAAAGGAGAGAUCCUGGAGGUUUCGAGACCCUGCAGGUCCAGGAAGUGAGCAGCUUCUUCCUGAAGCACAGACGAGUGAUGAAAAAAGGGAGGCAGAUGUUGAAAUAAUACCGCUGUAUCCCCUGCGGGACCCUCAUCGAUCACUAUCCUGUCUUCUGCCUUCCUCCCGGCACCCGUUUGACUCUCCAAAUGCAGAUUCUUUUGAAACGGUCAUCAAAAAGAGGAAGAUAAGGGACCUCCCUCAGGACACCCGCCAUGUCUGGUUUGCAGAGGAGUUGGUCACUGCCAUACCAUGUGGCCCAUCCUAUGACUUUGACAUUGAAGAUGAGAUGGGCUCAGAGUCAUCCCUCCCCCAAUGGAUCUUGGCUCUGAAGAAGAAGAGGGGAGAGAGGAAGCCAAGGCACUGAAUCCUUUCCCGGUGGAGUGGAAGAGCAGCAAUGGGAACUCCUUCCAAAAAGCCAGUACAUGGAAAGGCUUUCAGACAGAAAUACUUCAGAAAUACUGUGUUCUUACACUAUUGCUCAUGUUGACCCUGUAGUUUCCAUGAAUACUGAGUGGUCAGUGUAGAAACAGAAAUACACAUCUUUACUCCUUAGUCAUGGCCAGUGUUACUCUUCCUGUUUAAGUGUUGAAGGGCUUGAGAUUUAAUGAUAAUAGUGAAAAAGGUACAAAGGAUCACAGCAUACCGACACUUGGUUUG